AGCAGAAGCAGCAGCAGUGGCGUCUACACGUGCAAAGGCGGGGCGAGAGCGCGGCGGGGCUGGGCCAGGCGGAGGCUGAGGCUGGCAGCGGGAGCAGGAGCCGCAGAGCCCUUGGCAGCAGCAGCAGCAGCAGGAGCAGCAGCGCCCACCAGCCCCGUGCCCCCUCGGCCUCCAGAGGGAUGAUGGGGCCCCUCAAGGAAAGCAGCAAGGAGCACAAAAUGCAAGACAAGGAGAUGUGCCGCAGCCGUAUCCCUCGCUUGAUCCUCAGACCUCAUCUCCCCCAGCAACAUGCCCAUCACCAGAAAGUGUCCCCAGCAUCUGAGUCCCCUUUCUCCGAAGAGGAGAGCAGAGAAUUCAAUCCUCUCAGCUCUUCUGGAGGUUCUGCAAGGACAAUGAGCAGCACCAGCUUUUGUUCAGAUGACACAGGUUGCCCCAGUAGCCAGUCAGUAUCUCCAGUUAAGACUCCUCCUGAUACUGGAAACAGUCCAGUCGGUUUCUGUACAGGCAAUGAUGGAGGAGAUUAUACAAGAAAUAAAUUUAAUUCAGGAACAAUGGGGGAUGGAACUCAACAAUCGGCUCGAUAUAAGAAGGAAACAAAGACAAGCCUCAUAAAGCCGGGAAGUGAGGCUGAUUUUAGCUCUUCAAGCAGCACAGGCAGCAUUUCAGCUCCUGAGGUCCAUAUGUCCACUGCUGGAAGCAAGAGAUCAUCAUUUUCCCGCAAUCGGGGGCCUCAUGGAAGAAAUAAUGGAACUUCGUCUUACAAGUCUGGGUCUAGCCCUCCUACCGCGUCCCGUGAGAAGGACUUCCUGUCAAUGUUGUGCAAAAAUCAGUUGAGUCCCAGUAGCACACAUCAGAAUUAUGGGGCUUCUUCAGCCAGCAGCAGCAAUUCAGGUUCAUACAAGGGAAGUGAUAGCAGCCCCAUCUUGAGCUUUGCAGGUACAACAAGGUUUUUCUAUUGCAGGCGGCCAGCCAGAUACACCUCUUGUGGUGAGAACCAUGGCAUUAAACCACCCAGUCCAGAGCAGUACUUGACUCCCCUCCAACAAAAGGAAGUGACAGUGAGGCAUUUAAAAACAAAACUGAAAGAGUCAGAGAGCAGACUUCAAGAAAGAGAAACAGAGAUCAAGGAGCUGAAAUCUCAGCUGGCACGCAUGAGGGAAGACUGGAUUGAAGAAGAAUGUCAUCGUGUGGAGGCCCAGCUUGCUUUGAAAGAAGCAAGGAAGGAGAUCAAGCAGCUCAAGCAAGUUAUCGAAACCAUGAAAAACAGCUUGGCUGAGAAAGACAAAGGGAUUCAGAAGUAUUUUGUGGACAUCAAUAUCCAGAACAAGAAACUGGAGUCUUUGCUUCAGAGUAUGGAAAUAGCGCAGAAUGGCUCUUCUAACGAGGAUCAGAGUCUAGAGUAUGUGUAUGGAUCUCCUGAUAAGUCUUUAUCUCUGAGUACAGCCCAUUCCAAAAUGGCAGAAAGCAUGUUUACAGAGGACCACUUAUUGGAGGAUAUGGCAGAUAGUGGUGUGCUACUGAGUGAUGAUGUGGCUAAUGGGAAUGAUAUAUUUGAAGAGACAAUGAUCACUACGACCCCUGAACUUGGUUGUCCCACUCUCUUUACUGCCUCUUCCUUCAACCAUCUGGAGUUUGUCAAAAACCUAGCAAACACCAAAGAAGAGGAUGACAACCGCAGUUGUAGCAUGGCAAUGGAGCAGGCAGUCCAGGCUGAUGUGUUACUGUAUAGCAGUAGCAUGGAACAGCUUAUUCAAAAUAUAUUCAAAGCACAAGAUGAUUGCUCCAUGACGCCAUCUCCAGCUCUGAAAGAAAUUGAUGUAUCUUGUGCUGAGAGUGACACAGAUUUGCUUGUGGAUUUAACUCCAUGUGAUCCAAAUUCUGCUAUCCUUUUAUCCCCUAUGGAACCAUUGUGUGGUGAUGUGGAUUCCAGGUACUAUGAAAACCGAGUCAUGAAAGAGCUGGAUUUCAUUGAUUGUCACUCUGAAGUGUAUGGGAAUGCUAGGAUGUUGUCUGACGGGGCCAUUGUAAAAAGAUACUGGAGCAGCAACUUCUUUGUAGAUCUUUUGGCUGUAGCGGCCCCCAUGGUGCCAACAGUAAUGUGGAUGUUCAGUACUCAGAGAGGAGGAGUGAACCCAGUCUACAAUUUUGGAGCGUUGCUCCGAGGCUGCUGCCUGCUAGCCCUGAAUUCCCUUCGCCGGAUCCCCAUCAAUGUCCAACCCUAGAUGUGACUGUCCUGUAUGGUGGCCAAAAAGGCUGAGUUCUGGUGGGUGUAGUGAGGCCAUGAAGAAAGGUUGUGUAUGUAUUGGUGGACCUGUACAUUUUGCUCUUUAAUGUUUGAUUUGCACUAUAUCUCGUUGAAAACAUGUUCAUUGUUUGAAACUGAAAAAAAUAAAAAAGGCUCUUGGUGGCAUGGAGACUUGUUUCCACUAUGUGUAAACACAAGUGCAUUAAAGAAAAGCAUGCUAAGUGCUCCUUGUUCUGUUGUCAGAUGUACGGGAUGUUAUACCAAAUGUUUUCAGGUGUGAGAAGUUCAUUCUUUCAAGGUCAGCUUACAUAAUCCUGGCAUGUACUGUCUGUGCUUUGUAGUGGCGCUUUAAUGAUGUAAUCACCCUGCAUUCCACUGCUCCUUUGUACAAGGGGAUUGUAGCCAAAAAGAAAGAAAAAAACAUGAAAUGCAUUAUUGUAAAUUGGUGGGAGUCUUGAAUCUUGUUAUUUUAUGUAUAAAUAUGGCUGUUAAUAUAUUUUAUGAAAUUUGUUUUUAAGUCUUAAAUGAAGUCUUACUUGGAACAUAAUGAUGUCACACAAGCAUAUGAAGGACUAUUUUAAAUGUAUGUUGUACUAACUUAUUAUUUAUUUUUUUUUGUUAAAUCUUUUAAGAGAAAGAAAGCCCUUUAUAAUCACAAGUUAUAAGUAAAGCAUGUUAAAACUGA